UGAAACCGUGAGAUAAUCAGCAAGGUUAUAUCGACAAUAUUAAGUGACACUUAAAGCUUUUUGUGAAACGCCCCCGAACCUUACCGUACAUAUAUAGUGAAAGUACUGGCUGUCUUGAUGGAAUAUCUUGUGUUUGUGUCGUGUUUGAUUUGAAACUUCAUUGAACUGUACAUUUUAAACAUUUCUUUUUGGGCCAGGGCCUCCUCUUGGAAUGGAUAACGUAAAUCUUCUUUCCAACAACACAACUGUAAACGUGCAUCAAACAAAUGAAAAGCAACAAGAAAAGACGGUACCUGUAGCAGUUUCUCUCCUGAUUUUGAUUGCCCUUCUAGGAUCCGCCGCAAAUCUUCUUGUUUUAAGAGAAAUAUUAAAACUGAAGACAAGAAAGCUCCAUGAGUAUCUAAUACUGAACUUGGCGACCACCGACGCGGGGACGUGCCUAAUAAGCAUUCCUCUUGAUAUUGGAGAGCAGUUGACUGGCGAGUUUCCUUACGGAGCCGUUCUUUGCCACAUCAUUUAUCCAUUUCAAUCCGUACUUGUUUAUGUCUCCGUCAUGACCCUGUUAUUUAUGUGUGUAGAGCGUUUCAGACUGAUAGUCACACCACUGAAGCCAAGAAUACGAGUUAAAACUGGUUUGACUGUCAUAGCUGCUAUAUGGCUUUUAUCCGGCCUUAUGGCGCUACCUCUAUCGCUUGUUCUGAAGUUGAAAGGAUCUUCAUGCAGUGAAGAAUGGCCAAACGCUUAUAUUGUCAAGAUGUUCACUGUCAUCAUUUUCAUCCUUCUUUACUUAAUACCUUUGAGUAUCAUGGCUUUACUCUACACUUGCACGGUUUGCGUGCUUCAAAAAGAUACCAGGUCCUUAAAGAUAAAACGACAAAGAGGAACGAGAACAUUCUCACAGGAAUCCAUCGAUGACAGAUUGGAGAGAAACUACACAGUUGUAAAAGCAUUCGUGAUAUCUGUUCUUGUGUUUGCAAUCUGCAUGUUACCAACACAUGUUACUUGGCUAUGGCACGAUUUUGGCAACGGCUCCGAGAAUCCUUACGGCUUAUUUAACAAAGUGGCAACGUUUAGUAACAUACUCACUUACACAAAUUCUCUUGUUAACCCCUUUAUUUUUGGCUCAAUCAUGAUUAAUUUUGAGAGAUUUGUAAACAUUUUUAAAAAUUUCAUUUGCUGCCGUUGUUUGAGAAGAGCGAACGAUUUUUAUGAAAUUCAAGUUCUCCAACUUCGGUCCCCUUCGAUGUCAUCGCAGCUCGCAAAUAGAUCAUUCUUCCUUUCUUUGUCUAAACCAUCAGAUAUCCCCAGUUUUGAGAUCAAUGAAUUUGUCAAAGCUACAAAAAUUACUACUAAGGACCACAACUCAUUUGCCACGAUAUUCCCUUGAUCAAAUUUUCCGCCAUGCUACUGAACUGGUAAGGAAAUGAAAAACUUGCGUGACCAUACAAUAAUUCCACAUACAAAACUAGAAACUGCCAUAGACUACUGUAACUGUCAGCAGCUCUAGGUCUUUAUUUAACAAGUUCAAGGAAAAAAUGAUUUUUUAAGUAUUUUACGGUGCGCGUCUUCGGAAACAGACAAAGUUUGUACGGCUUUUCAAAAACUCGUUUACUCGAGUUAUCGCCAUUCAUUAUAGCUUUAUCAUCUUAUUAGGUGGAAAGCUCUUUGUGUUUGUGUGUCUUGUUAUUCGAUAUUUGAUACUCUUUGUUAACUGACGAAAGAAAAGGGUAUUUAUGGUGACAAAUGUUCACCAUCUUGCAAAUUAAACUUGACAACAGUUUUUAACACAGAAACCAUAUUAUCGAUCUUCAUUCUCGAAUAAAACUUGAUGGAACCAAUUGCAAAUUAACAUCACGACACUCGAAAUUUGUUAAAACCAAGGCAAGUUAAAGUGCAUUUUAUCCUCUCUUGUGAGAUGAUUUUUGGUCACGUCCUGACCAAGUUCCCUUUUCCGGUGUUUUUUAAAAUAAGGAAUUUAAAUAUGUAAUGACGACCACAGUGUUAGCUGGGUAACACUGAUUAAAGGGGAUCGGGGAGGAGAGGCCAUCAAAAUAGUUUCGGGUGAAAACAGAAUGGAUCUUGGAAUAGGGUCCAAUAGAUAUGGAGGAGUUGAUGCACAGAGCCGUUUUUCAAAAACGUGAAAAAGAUAGUUGAUAUGUUAUAAGGUGUUUUGUUUCAUCGUUUUUUCGCCAUUUAAUACUGAUUACAUGACGUUGAUAUCUAAUCCUUUUCCCGCACGGACUAAAAAACUCAUUAGUUAUUCUCUCACUCAAAGUGAUCUUCAAAGAGCUUUUCAAACUUUGAUCAAGCAAAACAGUAUUCGUUACGAUACAAUGGUAAAGGUAUCUGAGAGUGUAAAUAAGAAGUGUUCAUGGUCAAACUUAAUAAAAUCUAUGAACUUGA